AUGGGGAAGAAGGCCGCUGCCCCCAAAGGGAAGCGGGCGACUGCCGCGCAGGAGACGGUCGCCGGAGGGAGCAAGAAGAGAGCGGCGGAGCUGGACAAGAAACGACGAGGAGACGUGGUCUUCUUCCCGUCGAAUCUGGACGGUGACGUUUUGAAGGCAAGGUAUGGAUAUCUGUGGGGCAGGGAGGUUCCGAAGGGCAUGUUACCCGCGCUCGACGAAGAGCUCGGGUGGUCCUCCGGUCUGGUGGAAAAGGCUACCAAGGUGGAGACCAACAUGUAUAAGCGCACUUCCAAGGUGGAGGAGGCGUAUAUCAGGAGGCGGCUCGAGGAAGAGAGGGCACUUCGAGUUGCCGCAAAGGAAAAGGCCGGGAAGGCAGCGGAGGAGAAGGGGGAGGUCGAGGGCGAAGGCUCCUCCCACAGCAGAGAUGAGGCGCAAGCCACAGAGCAAGCUACCGGGGAUGAUCCUGCCGGGAACGAGCCUGCCGGGGAUGAGCCUGCCGGGGACGAGCCUUCCGGGAUUGAGGCUCUGUACACCGCGGCGGCAGAGGUCCAGGAGGAAGAGGAGGCUGAGGAGGUGGAGGAGCCCGAGGAGGAGUGGCUAAUGACAGGCCCUCAAGCCCACGAGCCAGUCUUGGACCAACGCUCUUGCACGCGGGUUACCAACCGGGGAGCGGCGGUUCCCGAUCCUGCGCCUGCCGCCAAGAAGGUGAAGAAGAUUGCCUCCAAGAGCAACAAGCCGGAUGCGAUGCGCCGGCAGUCCUCCUGCCUUGCCGGCGCUAAAACCCCUCCGGCCAAGCAAUCAACGGCUGCGGGAGUUGACUCUAGCUCCCAGUCCGGCUCGAUCUCCUCGCAUAACUCGUCCUCGUCGGAGCCCCCUGCGCCUCGGGAGGAUGAGGACGAGACAUAG